AUGACUAGCAUCUACACCUCCGAUAUAAAACAUCAUCGAAAGGCUCCUCCUCCUCCUUCAUCUUUAAAGAAUACGGCCGUAAAUACAACCCCUGCCAUCAUUUCAACUUCAAACCAUAGUAGUGCUAAUAGUACCACUACCAGUACUAAUCUAGGUCCCAUCCAUAUUUCGUCUAAUAAAAGACAUGCUGGUUGGGUUCAUCUUAAAGAUGAUGGGAUCUUUACCUCCUUUAGAUGGAAUAAACGAUUCAUGGCCAUUAAUGAUAAAACUCUUAAUUUUUAUAAAUCAGAUCAAAAUUCUUCUGGUUCAUCUUUAUCAUUAUCUUCAUCCACUUCAAUUUCAACAUCUUCGGAACAACCAGAUUUUUCAAUUCCUUUAAAUCUGUUAAGUAUCAUUAAUUUAAAACCAAAUUAUGGUUAUACUAAAACAAGUCAAUCUUUUGAAUUAAUUCCUAAAAAUAAUGGAAAACCAAUCUUAAUCUCUAUCAAAUAUAAUAAUGAUUAUUUAGAUUGGUUAGAUGCUUUUACUUCAAAAUGUCCUUUGGCUCAAAUUGGUCAACCUUCUUCAUCAAAUAAUAUUUUAAAUUCUUCAUCAAGUUCAAAUUCUUCAAAUUCAAAUGGAGUUUCAAAUCCUAUUAAUUUUACUCAUAAAGUUCAUGUUGGGUUUGAUCCGGCAAGUGGGAAUUUUACUGGUUUACCUGAUACUUGGAAAAGUUUAUUACAACAUUCAAAAAUUACAAAUGAAGAUUGGAAAAAAGAUCCUGUAGCAGUUAUUGAAGUUUUAGAAUUUUAUUCCGAUAUUAAUGGUGGUAAUUCAACUAAUUCAACUCCAAUAAAUUCUCCUGCUAUAAAUUCUCAAACUUUUUCAAGUGAUAAUAAAAUUCAACAAUGGACUAAAGCUCCAACUUCUUCAAAACCUUUGGAUAGUUUUAAACCAACAAGAACAGCUCCAAAACCUCCUAUUCCAUAUCAUGUUACUAAAGAUGUUGCCUCAUCAUCUACAAGUAAUAUAUCUCCAUUACAUAAUUUGAUGAAUAAAUCAGAUAAUUUGGUUCCAGUUAGAAAAGCUCCUCCUCCUCCAGGUUCAUCUUCUAAUCAACUCAAACUUGGUUAUUCUUAUAAUCCAACUGGUCCUGACAAUAACAACAAUACUACUAAUAGAACUUCUCCACCUAAUAAUAACUAUAAUAAUAACAAUAAUAACUUGUAUCAAAAAUCUAGUGUACCUACUGGUUUAGGUAUUACAACCAUUCCAAAACAAGUUCCUCCAACUUUACCUCAUAAUAAUGAACAAUCUCAAUCUAUACCUACUAAUAAGAUACAUCCUGAUGUUAAAAUUCAGCCUGGUACUAAUAAUAAUAAUACUUAUAAUGGAAUUUCAACUUCUAAAUAUCCAACACCACCUCCAAGUUCAACGGGAAAUUAUAUUAAACCAUUUGCAUUAAAAUCAUCAACUGCGGCUAAUAAACAACCUGAAUUACUUAAAAAGGUUGUGGCAGCUACUAGUAAUAUUAAACCAGUUCAACCUCAAAAACCACCACAACAACAACAAUAUCAUCAUCAACAUCAACAUUCUCAUACUGAUGAUGGAUAUGAUGAACCUAUUCAACCAUUACAACCAAGACCUAAGGAAUCAACUAAUAAUCCAUUAAAGGGUCAAGGACAAAUUAAAACUCCUAAACAAUUAAAGAAAGAACGGGAAAAAUUAAAUGAUCUACAAAUCUUAGCUAAAUUGAAAACAGUAGUUAAUAAUAAUAAUCCAGGUCCAUUAUUUACUAUAGUUGAAAAAGCAGGUCAAGGUGCCAGUGGAGCUGUUUAUUUAGCACUUUCAAUUAAAGAAAAUAAUAAAAAAGUUGCUAUUAAACAAAUGGAUUUAAAUGUUCAACCUCGAAAAGAAUUAAUUAUUAACGAAAUUUUAGUUAUGAAAGAUUCUCAACAUAAAAAUAUUGUUAACUUUUUAGAUGCUUAUUUAAGAACUCCCCUGGAUUUAUGGGUUAUAAUGGAAUAUAUGGAAGGUGGUUCAUUAACUGAAAUCAUUGAAAAUAAUGAAUUUAAAUUAACUGAAAGACAAAUUGCAACUAUUUGUUUUGAAACUUUAAAAGGUUUACAACAUUUACAUAAAAAGCAUAUUAUUCAUAGAGAUAUUAAAUCUGAUAAUGUUUUAUUAGAUGCUAAAGGUAAUGUUAAAAUUACUGAUUUUGGAUUUUGUGCCAAAUUAACUGAUCAAAGAAAUAAACGUGCAACAAUGGUUGGUACUCCAUAUUGGAUGGCACCAGAAGUGGUUAAACAAAAAGAAUAUGAUGCUAAAGUUGAUGUUUGGUCAUUAGGUAUUAUGACCAUUGAAAUGAUUGAAGGUGAACCACCAUAUUUAAAUGAAGAACCAUUAAAAGCAUUAUAUUUAAUUGCCACCAAUGGUACACCAAAAUUAAAGAAACCUGAAAUGUUAUCAAAUUCAAUUAAGAAAUUUUUAUCAAUUUGUCUUUGUGUGGAUGUAAGAUAUAGAGCUACUACUGAUGAAUUAUUACAACAUUCAUUUAUUGAACAUAAAGCGGGACAAAUUGAAGAAUUAUCUCCAUUAUUAGAAUGGAAAAAAAAUAAUAAUUCAAAUAUUUCAAUUGAAAAUAAUAAUAAUAAUGUUAAUAAUGAUAAUACAUCUUUAUUACUUGAAUAA